AAUUGUUUAUCUUCAUUCGGUGCAUUCAACAACACCCUUUUUCUCUGAGAGUUGAAAAAUUAGCUCCCGUUCUUGCUUUCUUUCUCCUUCACCCCUUUCCUGUUUCCUCUGUGAAAAAUCAAGGGAAAUAGUAAAGGAAAAACAGGCCAAUCCCAGAAAUUUCCAUUACAAACUGUAGCCAUGUCUUCCCCAAGCAAGAGGCGAGAGAUGGACUUGAUGAAAUUGAUGAUGAGUGACUACAAGGUGGAGCCGAUUAAUGAUGGGAUGCAGGAGUUCUAUGUGCAGUUCCAUGGACCCACUGACAUUUUGUUUGUGUCUCUUAAAUUUCCAAUGUAACGCGAUAGGUCCAUAUCAUGGCGGGGUGUGGAAGGUACGAGUUGAGCUUCCUGAUGCCUAUCCCUACAAGUCUCCUUCCAUAGGAUUUAUUAACAAGAUAUAUCACCCCAAUGUGGAUGAAGUGUCGGGUUCAGUUUGUCUAGAUGUUAUUAACCAGACCUGGAGCCCCAUGUAUGACCUGGUUAAUGUGUUUGAUCUGUUUUUACCUCAACUACUUUUGUAUCCAAAUGAAGCGGACCCAUUGAAUGAGGAAGCUGCUGCCUUGUAUAUGCGCGACAAAACUGCAUAUGAACAAAGAGUGAAAGAAUACUGCCUGAAAUACGCCAAGCCAGAGGAUGCAGGGGCCAUCCCAGAAGAGAAUUCGAGCGACGAGGAGCUGAGUGAAGAUGAAUAUGAGUCGAGCGAUGAGGCUGUUUUGGGACCUGUGGAUCCAUAGUCUUUCUUGUCUCUGUAACUGUAACCAUCCAUGUAGUUUGUGUAUAUCAUGUUGUAUUUCUCUCUCAAAAUUGUAAUUUAAUUACACAUAGCAAUAGCUAUUAAUCGGAACGGGUGCAAAAAGACUCAAUUGCGUUUCUUGAA